UGCCUUUGAGGUAGAUUCACAUUCCAGAUUGUGUUGUAAGUGAAGCCGUCUCGGAGGAGAGGCAUACAUCACUGUCCCUUAAACACAAGCCGUUUGCUGAACGGACUCCUCCCACAAACGGGAAUUCUCAGCCUUCCUCCAACUUCCCACUUGCUCCUCUGUCAAUCCCUGUGCUGUGGCCACAGGCAGCAGAGAAGCUGAAAUCAAACCCAACCUCUCCACACGUUCUUGAAACAUUUUCCAGAGACUAUUUUUUUUUUUCCUAUUCUACUUUCAUCGUUGAGCAUAAGAAAGAAUAUUUAAAGUUUCUCAUGGUUCCUUUCAUUCAAGAUUUGGAGCAGCAAUGAAAUACCUUUGUUAAUAUGGUUAUGCUCUCAUAGAUCAAACAGUAAUCUCAUACAUCAAACAGGUGAGAAUUAAGAGCAAGAAGAUCUUCUCCGGGACUGGAUCAGAGCUUCAACAUGGAGCGGCAGAGAAUGCAAGGACUACUGGUGAUGGUCGUAACACUACUGGCCACAAUUGUGCACUGCAAUAUCCAAGUACAGCCAGAAGUGUGUCUUACGGCAGUAACAGCUGAUAUAAUCUUCACGGUGGAUGAAUCAUGGAGUAUGGGAGAGGAAAACAUCCAGAGGAUCAAAGAAUUCCUCAAUGGCAUCAUAACUUCAUUCAAGAACGUUGCGAUAGGGAAAGAGGGAAUCCGAUUUGGUGUCACACUCUACAGUGACCAUCCCAGAACAGCAAUUGCACUUACUGACUAUGUGAGAAUUGAAGAGGUGUUGGUGGCCAUCAGAGACCUGACAUUUAAAGGGGGGAACACCAAAACAGGAGCCGCCCUUGACUUUCUCAUGGAAUCUGUAUUCAGCCAGUCAAUGACUAGAGAGAACACGCCCAAGGUUAUGGUUUUGAUCACUGAUGAAAGGUCUACAGAUUCAGUCGAUGACCCGGCCAAAAGACUGCACAACAACGGAGUGACCAUGUUCACAGUUGGAAUAAAAAAUUCAGAUAAAAAUGAGCUGAAGAAAAUUGCUUCUGAUCCGUUCAAAGAGCAUUAUUUAUUUGUGGAGGAUUUUAAUCUACUCAACACCAUUUUACCCAAGAUCACCAGGAGGCUUUGUUUCACAGCUUCAGAAGUUCCUAGACCUGUGAGGCCAACACUGUUGGCAGAAAAAAUCACUGGCCCCCGGGAUUUGGUGAUUAGUGAAGUGAGUUAUAACUCUGUGAGACUGACCUGGGCUCCUGCUACUGGAGCUGUGGUGAGCUACAGAAUUGCUAUCAACCCAUAUACAUUGGAUGGACAACUUAUAUCUGCAGAAGAGCGGCAGAUUGUUAUGGACGGUAACGUCAGCACAAUACUGGUGGCAGACCUAAAGCCCAGAACAAAGUAUUCCUUCACAGUGGUGGCUGUGUAUGCUGAUGAAAUCGGGGGUCAUACAAGUACCAGUGGCAAAACCGAUGUCCUGCCUCGUGUGACUAACUUCCGAGUGACAGAGCAAGGACUGUUCAGCCUGAAAGUAGCUUGGACACUUCCACUAGCGCCCUUGUUGGGUUACAAGAUCUACAUACCCAGAUCCAACAGGCCUGGGUUGACCUAUGAACAGAAUGUCAAAGGAGAUGUCUCGUUUCACCGGAUAGACAAUCUGCAGGAGGACAAAGACUACAGCAUCAGCAUCUACGCCGUAUAUUCCGAGGGGCCCAGUGAACCUGUGACAACCACCAGCAGAACAUUGAAACUUACAGCAGUGGAGGAAUUAGUGUUGGAAAAUGCAACUACAGACACCAUACAGGCAAAGUGGCUUCUGACCAAAGGUGCAACUGGCUACAGACUUACAUGGGGAUCUUAUGAUGGAGACGUGCAGAAUGUAAAUUUGGGCAAUGUUUACCAGUUCUACAUGAUUCGUGGUUUGCAAGCUGGUACUGAGUAUACUGUGACCGUCAACCCCAUCUUUAGUGAUGUCGAAGGACCAGUUACCACUGGGAAGGCGACGACAUUGGCAACAGGUUCCGUCCAGACCCUACGAGCUUCGUCCAUCACCACAAGCAGUGCCGUCAUCACUUGGAAUUCUGUCCCAGGCUCCACAGGGUAUAGAUUGGCGUGGGGUCCCACACCAGAGUUCACUGGGAGAGAUCGACCCCGUCAGGUAGUGCUGGGCAGUGGUAUAACAUCGCACAAACUCAAACACCUGAUUGCCAACACAGAAUACGUCUUGUCUCUUUAUGUGGUCUUUGGUCCCGUCAUUGGCCCUGGAAUGACAGCAACGGUGAAAACAUCUCCACUUGGACACGUAUCAACCUUCAGAGUAACCACAUACACCACCACCUCCGUGUCUGUGGUUUGGGGUGCCACUGUUGGAGCAACAGAGUACAAGAUAACAUGGAGCCCAACAUCAGGCAAAGGUGCAACACAGAAUGAGUACAUGGACCGCAACACACUGUCUUACCACAUCGGAAACCUGGACCCUGGGGCCCGCUACACAAUCAGCAUCCAUGCCCUGUACGGAAACUUCGAGGGGCCGGCCGUAUCUCUAACACAAAUGACAGCUUCUCUCGAUUCUCACCAGGUUCAAUCAGUGAAGGAACUGAAGGUGAAUGAAACCGGAGCCAAUAGUCUAAAACUCACUUGGAAAAAGAUGCCUGGAAUCUCAGGAUAUCGAAUAUCUUGGGCUCUACUGAGAGGAGGUCCUGAGAGGACACGGAUUGUCCCAGCUGACACCGCGGUUUACGUGAUAAGUGGACUGCAAGAGAGUUCCACCUACACCAUUCGAGUCUCGACCAUGGUUGGAAACAGGCAAGGAAUGCCCAUAGUUACCUCAGCCCAGACACGCACCAAAAUGAAACCUUCUGCAACAGCUAAACCACCAAUGGCUAUUUCACCAGUCGCUGUUAUUGCUGGAUCUGUAUCCAGUGCAGUGCAACAAACCAACCGUCAAACUGAUGUGGCCUCACCGUCCACAACAAUUCCCACGAUUACAACCCCCAGCACAACCUCUCCCAUUGCAAGAAGGGCACCAGCCUCUCAGAUCACACAGGAGGGGCCUGUUUGUAACAAAGCCAAGGCCGACAUUGUAUUCCUGGUGGACGAAUCCUGGAGCAUUGGCCAGAACAAUUUUAAUAAGAUCAGGGAUUUUCUCUUCAGGAUCGUCUCAUACUUCCCAAAGAUUGGACCUGCAGGGAACCAGGUAGCCGUGGCUCAUUAUAGUGACAACCCCAGGACUGAGUUCCCACUGAAUCAGUACAAGGACAGAAAUUCAAUCUUGAGAGCCAUCAGAGGAGUGCAAUAUGGAGGGGGCAACACCAGGACAGGCAAAGGUAUAGGUUACGUCUUAAAGGAGCUAUUCCAGACAGCUGCCGGGAUGCGACCAAAUGUCCCCCAUAUUCUGGUCCUGUUGACUGAUGGACGCUCACAAGAUGCAGUGGAAGUGCCAGCAAGAGUGGCAUUUGGCUUAGGUAUUAAGAUCAUCCCUGUGGGGAUUACAAGUGCAGAUGUGGAGGAACUCAAGAAAAUCAUCUACCGUGGCCAUCAGGAUAAUAUAUUUUUUGCCAACACCUUCAAUGAUUUGCCUUUGAUUGAAAGAGACCUUGUAGAAAAAAUCUGCACAGAAGCCAGAGAGACUGAGCAUCCUCAACAUGGUCAAUUGGAAGCCAAGUCCAGCAUGGACAACCAGCAAACAGAAUCGAUUAUAUCCAAAGCCUCAGAGAGUGAAACUGGAGACAUCAGAAAGCCAGAAGGCCCCUGUGCAUCCCAGUGCCAGAAGGGUCAGAAAGGAGAACAGGGAGUAAUGGGUCCUCCAGGAAUGCUGGGACAGCAAGGAUUUCUGGGCUUGCACACGAGUGGAGGAUAUGAAUCAUUUGCCUUCGCUGACAAGGGAGAAAAAGGAGAAAGGGGCCUACCAGGAAAAGACGGGAUUCCAGGCCUCCCGGGACGCCCAGGCCGUACCGGCUCUCCUGGCUCUACCGGGCCCAGGGGUCCCCAUGGAGUACAAGGGGAUAGAGGCUUUCCUGGAUUUAAAGGUCCUCCAGGUCCCAAAGGCGAUAGAGGAGAACCUGGAUAUGUUCUAAGAGGAGGUGACAUUAUUCCUGGCCGGAGAGGAGAACCUGGAUCUCCGGGUCCAAGUGGUGAGCCAGGACUUCCAGGGGUGCCAGGCCCAUCAGGACUACCUGGGCAGCCAGGGCCUCAGGGACAACCAGGCCACUCAGUCAAGGGUGAGCCAGGAGAUGGUGGUUCCAAGGGCCUCCGUGGCAAACCGGGUCCUAAAGGUGACAAGGGCUAUACGGGAAGUCCUGGAAUUGCUGGUUUGCCUGGACCGAUCGGACUUGAUGGAGUUGCUGGGCUCCAUGGAUAUAAAGGAGAAAAGGGAGUUGAUGGGAUUGGCAUCCCAGGAAUACCAGGACAAAAGGGGAUCCAGGGUGAGAAGGCAUCUACUGGACCACAGGGGAGCCCAGGGCACAAGGGCAAUCAAGGGGACAAAGGGAAAGAGGGAGAGGUUGGCCAAAAGGGAAAACGAGGACCUAAAGGAGAUGGAGGAGAAAAGGGAGCCAAAGGUGAAAUUGGGGAAUUGGGCCCACAAGGAUUUGCAGGACUUCCAGGCCCCAUAGGUUUUGAAGGAAAUAAAGGCGACAGAGGUUUUCCCGGAGACCCAGCCAAAGGGAUAGUGGGUCCCACUGGGUUUAAAGGAGCCCGCGGAGAUAUUGGACCACCUGGACCUGUGGGACCCAAAGGUGAUCAAGGAAUCCAAGGGAUCAAAGGUGAAAAGGGAAGUCCUGGAUAUGGUAUCCCAGGCCAAUCUGGUCCCAAAGGAGAACCAGGUGAAAGGGGCAAUGUUGGCUUAUCGGGUAGACCGGGUGAAAAGGGUGAAGUUGGCCAGGAAGGCAAGCAGGGGACUCUCGGUGCUCCUGGAAACCCAGGACUUAUUGGAUUAAGAGGUAAAGAUGGUAAGGAAGGGCAAAAAGGUGAAGCGGGCAAGGGUGAAGUGGGUCCUCCUGGUAACACGGGGGAGCGAGGAGUACGGGGUCCACUGGGCUUGCCUGGCCGGCCUGGAGAGAUGGGGCUUAAAGGAGAUAGUGGAAAGGCAGGAGAGUUGGGAGUAAUUGGUCCAAUGGGAUUGAAAGGCGAGAAAGGGAAGCCUGGACUACCUGGGUUACCUGGCGAUUGUGGUGAACCGGGUGGCGAGGGAGCAAAAGGUGCCUCUGGAACUGGUGGUCCUCCUGGGCCAAGGGAGAGAAAUACAAAGGGAGAAAAGGGUGAGCCUGGAAGGAGAGGCGAAGCUGGCCAAAAUUUCUUAGCAGGACACAAGGGCAACCCAGGAGCUGUCGGACAUCCAGGACUCCAUGGCAUUCCAGGAAUUCCUGGUAAACCAGGAGCUGAUGGAAAACGUGGACCACAUGGGAAAGAUGGUCAGAAGGGUAGCCCAGGACUGCCAGGAAGUGAUGGAAAAGACGGUUUGAAAGGAGAGCAAGGGUCACCUGGUUUGCCUGGACCUCCAGGACCAGGAGCCUUCCCGGAAUCUCCCUUACCUUUCAAUGAGGAUAAUGCAUUUAAUUACACAGAUUUACCCAUUAUUCCUUUACCAGUUGGCCCCCCUGGGACACCAGGUGAUAAAGGAGAAAGAGGACACAAAGGUGAACAAGGUGAUCCUGGACAACAAGGAAAAGGAGUUGAUAUUAAGGAUUUAGAGAAGCUUUUUGACAUUUAUGGUAUAAAGCUAUCUCUUUUAAAAGAAUUAAUUGAUAUUCUUCAAAAUGGAAUGGAGGAAGUUCUUCAGCAGCUCACAAGUUCCAAAAAAGACAAGACUACAAGGAAAAUCCAUGAUUUUAAACAGGUGGAUGAAUUAAAAGUACAGGGAUCAUCCCUGAAGUACAACCUUGCUAGCCAAUCUCUCUCUGAAACGCAAGAGGUGGUGGAGGAGUUUGACUCGGAUACACCAGAUUUUGCCCAUCUGGACGAAGCCCAUGUAUUCCGGAGUGGAAGUACUUCAUUGCAUGGUGUAAGAGUGAAGGAAGUGUCUGAGGGUUUGAGGAGUAAGGGUAAAGAAGACAGUCCUGGAAUUUCAGUAGCAGUUGAUGGUGAAACCAGUGACAUAUCAUCAGUUCCGGAGAGGAGUGGUUCAUAUCUCAAUGGACCAGUGACUGGUAAUCAGACCAUGACGAGGACAACCAAGAUAAAGCAAAAAGCAAGGAGACGUACAAACAAGCAGGCCUCAACAGCUAAACAAUAUAUCACAGAGUCUUCAGAAAAGAUUUUAAUAAGAGUAAGAAGAAUGGAUCCACUCCAGGAAGACCAGACAUGGAUAUCAGGAGCAGUGGAAAUUAGGAAAGAAAAGAAACUGAGGGCAAGAAAAAAACUUCGAUCACAAGGAAGGGAGGAUUCUUUUCACAGCAUCAGAAAGUUGAAAAGAGAAGAGAACAAGGCCAUGAAUGUUAUUGCUCCUGCACUGACAAUCCUUUCGCUGCAAGGUCAAAAGGGAGAACCAGGAACAGCAGAAAACAUGGGUAACAAGGGGGAAAAUGGUGAAAAGGGUCCAAAGGGAGAGCCUGGCAUUGGUUUCAGAGGACCAAUUGGUCAGUCAGGAUCUCCUGGACAAAAGGGUGAACCAGGGCAAAGUGGUCCUCCAGGGGCACAAGGUACCCAAGGCAUUGCAGGUAAUACUGGUAUCCCAGGAGCCCAGGGCAUGAGAGGUCCCUCCGGAGUGCCAGGACUGCCAGGCAUCAGGGGCAAUCGAGGUAGAAGGGGGAAGAAUGGAUCACCCGGACCACCUGGAAUAAAGGGACCACUCGGCAAGGCAGGACCUCCUGGAAAACCUGGCAUCAAAGGUUACAACGGUGACGAUGGACUGGGGGUCCAAGGACCAAGAGGUGGUCGAGGGUUUCCAGGUCGUAGGGGAGUUAAUGGUGCUCCUGGAUCAGUCGGAGAAACGGGGCUUGUGGGUCUGAAAGGAUUAUCCGGUCUGAAAGGAAUAAAGGGACAACUGGGGAUUGCAGCAAUUAAAGGUGAUAAGGGAGACCCAUAUGGUGUUUCAGGACCACAAGGAUACAAAGGAAAUAAAGGGGAUCUGGGCUACAGAGGUCCAGCUGGAUUUGAUGGUGAUAAAGGAGAGAAAGGUGAAGAUGGUCCCCCAGGACUAAAGGGUCAUAAAGGAGAGUCAGGAUCAAAAGGAUCGAUGGGUAUAUUCGGGGCCAGAGGUCCAGCUGGACAGAAGGGUGAGCCUGGCGAGAGUGGCAAAAAUGGAAUUGCAGGCAGGGCUGGACUUGAUGGUAAAGGUGGAGUUAAAGGAAAGAAAGGAGACAGAGGUUUGCAAGGCCAGAAGGGGGAUCUGGGAGAUAAGGGAGACCAAGGCUUCAAAGGAGAUAGUGGACAUAGAGGUGAGAAGGGGUCACGGGGUCUUCCAGGCCAAAGAGGACAAUCAGGAAUUGGCGCUGAAAAGGGCGAAAGGGGUGAGCCUGGGUUACCAGGAAAAUUGGGAUUAGAUGGUCUAAUGGGGCAAAAGGGGUUACAAGGAUUUCCAGGUCUUCCAGGGCCCACAGGACUUCCAGGAGAGAAAGGACAAAAGGCUGCUAAAGGGGUACCUGGACUCGCCGGCUUUAAAGGUGCCAGGGGUUUACAUGGAAAGCUCGGACCACCAGGACCAACCGGUCCACACGGUCAGAAGAGUGAACCUGCAGCCAAGGGUGAGCCAGGGAAGAGAGGGAGAACAUGUCAUGGCAAGAGAGGCUUUCCAGGGAUUUCAGGAGCAAAAGGUGAUCUGGGAGAAGUUGGCCCUGCUGGACUGAAGGGUGAAAAAGGAGAUCCUGGACUUUCAGAAGAAGAAGUGAAAGAAGUUGUCAGAAGAGAAAUGAGCGACAAUUGUGCUUGUGCAGGAAAAGAUUUCCAUUUGAUUAUUAGAACAAGCGAUUCUGAUGAAAACUCCCCGGAAAAAGGUGCAGAAAGCAGAAAAGAUUCAAGAGACAGAAAGGACAAUGAAGAAGACAGUGAAGAAGAAUUUGAAGAUGAAGUUAAAUUUCAAAACAUAACACAAUUUCAUACCACAGCCCCUUGCAGCGAGUCAAUGGAUGAAGGUUCCUGCUCACAAUAUGAAUUGCAGUGGUAUUAUUCUGAUGAAGCUAAUGAGUGCAGACCAUUUGUAUACAGUGGCUGUGGUGGAAAUAGCAAUCGCUUCCCUUCAAAACAAGGAUGCGUACAUAGAUGUCUGGAAGGAUUCAAACAAGAGAAAGAAUGACCAUUCCUUAUUUUUAUUUCUUGAGCCAAUAAAGAAUUGAUAGUCAAUAUACUGUACUUCUUCACUCAAGAAAGAAAACAGGGAGACGUUGAAUAAAAAUGGAGAUGACGUUUUUCAGUAAAGCUGACAGAUGCCAAUUGGAGGAAGCCAUCUAACUGCAGACAGUGAGAGCCCUAGAGAGACAACUGUUCAACUUUGAUUGCUGUUCCUCAGUGAACCAAUGACCUGUGUGUUUGACUUUAUUUUUGUUUCAACUUUAAAAAAAAAAAUGUUUUAUUAGAAGUAUUGUACAUACAUCUUAAU